CUCAACAUUCAAAGCUUAUUAUUCCUUUCAAAUCAGAAUUAAUGGCUCAAUUAUUCCAAUUCACACCUCCAUCUUCCCUCUUUCACCUCAAUCACAAAAUCCCCACCCACAGUUGCAGAAAUCCACCCACUCGUCAAAUCCCCUUUUCUCUCAAACAAUCCGCCGCACUCACACCCAGCGCCGCCGCCAGCAAUCGCCACUCCCCGCCGGUCAAAUUCGCCUCCCUCACAGCACUCAAACCCUACCUCCAAUCCGAAUGGCGGCCCAUCCUCUCUGGCUGGCUGUGCAGCGCAAUUUCUGUCUACUCGCUGUCCAAAAUCGUGCCUUUGUCGGGGAAGCUCUCUUCUAUAUUGGCCGCUGCGGAUUUUUCGAGCCUGAGAAAUGAGGGUUUGAUAUUGGGGGUGCUUUUUUUGACACGAAUUGUGUCCAAUUAUCUGCAGCAGGCGUUUCUGUGGGAGGCCGCAUUGAAUUGUGCCUACAAAGUUAGGGUUUACGUGUUCAAUAGGGUUUUGCAGAGGGAUUUGGGAUUCUUCGAGGGCGAAAAGGGAGUUUUACCGGGGGACGUUGCGUACAGGAUCACGGCGGAGGCGGAGGAUAUAGCCGACACUGUAUAUUCCCUUUUGAAUACUGUUGUUCCAAACACUCUGCAAGUAUCAGCUAUGGCAACUCAGAUGUUAAUCAUAAGUCCCGUACUCUCAAUAAUUUCUGCCUUGGUGAUUCCGCUCAUGGCUAUCACGAUUGGUAGUCUUGGAGAAAAGCUUCGUAAAAUAUCCAAUACGGCAAAUCUUAGUACAGCUUCUCUCUCAGCAUACCUAAAUGAGGUCUUUCCUUCAAUUCUUUUCGUGAAGGCAAACCACGCAGAAUCCAACGAGGGUAUUAGAUUCCAGUCGCUUGCCUCUGCUGAUCUCUCGGCGUGUUUGAAAAAGAAGCAGAUGAAGGUUUUAAUACCUCAGAUAGUACAGAUAAUGUUUUUCGGGGUUCUAUUCAUGUUCGGUGCCAGCUCGUUGGUAGUUUCAAGAGCCUCAUUCAAUUGUUCCGCCAUGGUUUCUUUCAUGACAUCACUGAUUCUAUUGGUCGAUCCAAUUCAGGGUGUGGGAAAAGCAUACAACGAGUUAAAACAAGGAGAACCAGCCAUUGAGCGGUUGUUUAAGUUGACCUUGUUCAAGUCACAGGUGAGUGAGAAAACAGAUGCAGUUGAUUUAGUCACCGUUAGUGGAGAAGUGAAAGUAUGUGGCCUCUCUUUCUCAUAUGGAGACAGUGUGGGCCCCGUAUUGAAUGGGCUCGAUCUUCAUAUUCAUGCUGGAGAGACAAUUGCCCUUGUUGGCCCGUCUGGUGGAGGCAAGACAACUCUUGUCAAACUUCUGCUUCGCCUAUACGAACCACUUUCUGGUUCGAUUUUGAUAGAUGGCUGUGACAUUCAAAAUAUUCAAUUAGAGAGCUUAAGGCGACAUGUUGGUCUGGUCUCUCAAGAUUCGGUACUGUUUUCAGGGACUAUUGCUGAGAAUAUCGGGUACAGGGAUUUAAUAAGUGGUAUUGACAUGGAUAAAGUCGUAGUUGCAGCUCAAACUGCAAAUGCAGACGAGUUCAUUAAACGCCUUCCUGAUCAGUACCAAACCUGUGUUGGACCUAGGGGCUCUAAUUUUAGUGGAGGCCAAAGGCAAAGGCUAGCUAUUGCAAGAGCGCUUUAUCAGAACCCGUCUAUUCUUAUUUUAGACGAAGCAACUUCUGCAUUAGACAGCAGAUCUGAGUUUUUGGUGAGACAAGCUCUUCAACGCCUAAUGCAAAAUCGAACGGUAGUGGUGAUUGCUCAUAGGUUGGAAACGGUUGUAAUGGCUGAAAGAAUAUUCCUCUUAAAUGAUGGGAAGCUGCAGCAACUGAGUCAUUCGGAUCUUUUGGAUGCUCAUCGUCAACAUGGCUCACUCGCUAAUGCACUCGUUAUCUAGUAGUAUUCAAUAUUUCAAUCCGAAUUUUAAAUAAUCGUGUAAAUUAUUAUUUGUUCUUUAAUGUGGUUUUGUCACAAAUAAUCAUAGUAAUUUGUUAUUCACUCUCUA